AUGUCUCAACCAGCUAGGACUAAGAAAAUAACUAUGCCUAACCGCAGAAAUAACUUGUUAUCGGAUGAUGGUGCAAUGAUGCAUGAAGUUCAUGCUACUCAUGCUCCUACGGGUUAUCUGGUUGAUGUCGAUCCCAUUCUCCGCGUCGCAAAGGAUAUUCUUGAUCGCGUUUUUCCAGGCAUUGAUCGCGUUAUGAAUGGCUCUCACCACCAGCACAAAAAUAUGCUGGACGAAAAGGAUGCAUUGUUGAACUAUGAUGAAAUCGAUGGAUCAUUGGCUUUUGUAAUACAGAAAGUAUCUUGCGAGUUGUCAUGCAAGUGCCCAGGGGGAAACGCACAUAAAACAACAGUGGCUAUACUCAAUCAGCUUUCGAGCUAUACGUGGGACACAAAGGCAGUGAUAUCAAUAGCAUCAUUUGCCUUGAAGUACGGAGAAUUCUGGCUCGUUGCCUUGGUUUUUGAAACGAAUCAACUUGCCAAGUCGGUAGCUUACCUUAAACGAGUCUCAGACAUCAUAGACCAAUCAAGUUCGCUGAAAUCCCAAUUUGACUCGAUAAAUGAUCUUGUAAAAGCCGCGUUGGAUUUAACAAAGUGCAUUUGUGAGUUCAGGGAUCUUCCGGCUGAGUACAUUUUAGAUGACGAGCCACCUAAGUCAACUGCAUUGGCUUAUAUUCCCACUGCGGUUUACUGGAUCAUUCGAAGCCUGGUUGCCUCUGGAUCACAUGUUACGCGCCUUUUAGACAUGAAUCACGAGAUGAGUGCAUUAGCUGCAGAGACAUGGGAACUCGCUAGCCUAGGCAACAAGUUGUCAAGCAUACAUGACCACCUCAAGAAGCAACUCACUCUCUGCUAUCAACGCAUAGAUGAAAGGACGCACGAAGAGUACUUUCGUAAGCUUGUUCAUCUAUUUGAGACAACACCCCAUAUCGACAACCACAAGACACUCGCACACUUAAUCUACCUCAAGGAUGAUCAGUUGCCACUUGAAGAUGGCGCUACAAAGACAAAGCGUGGAGUUGAAGCGCUUAUAGGGAAAACAGUCUUGUUACUAAUAUCAGAUCUCGACAUCUCCGAUGAUGAGCUUCACAUACUUGGUAAUAUUUAUAAAGAAUCAAGAACUAACUCGGAGUUCCAAUACGAAAUUGUGUGGCUCCCAAUUGUGGAUAGGUCAAUUUCAUGGAACGAAAGACAUGAUAUAAAGUUUCGUCAGCUGCAAUCGAUCAUGCCAUGGUACACACUACAUCAUCCGAACCUGCUACAACAGGCCGUUGCAAGGUACAUCAAAGAAGUGUGGCAUUACGUAAAGAAACCGAUUCUUGUUGCAUUGGAUCCACAAGGCAAAGUAGUAAGCCAAAAUGCGUUCCAUAUAGUGUGGAUAUGGGGUAAUAAUGCCUAUCCAUUCACUAACGAGAAAGAGGAAGCGUUAUGGAAGGACAAGACUUGGGCACUUCCGCUUAUUGUUGAUGGCAUUGAUCCAUUUUUAUUGGAAUCGAUUAAAGAAAAUAAGUACAUCUGCUUGUAUGGAGGAGAAGACAUUGAGUGGAUCCGAAGAUUUACAACCACAGCAAAGAAUGUUGCAAAAGAUGCAGACAUAAUACUAGAAUUGGUUUAUGCGGGAAAAAGUGGCAGCAGGGAGAAAGUUGAGAGGAUCAACAAAAUAAUAGACGAGAACAAAUAUAGUGGAUUUUGGAAUGAAAUUACAAUUGUUUGGUACUUUUGGACAAGACUGGAAAGCAUGAUGCACUCGAAGAUUCAUCGAGGCAGGACUGUUAAAGACGAUCAAAUACUUCAAGAGGCGUUGACGCUUCUUACAUAUAAUGGUGAUGAUAAGUGGGCUCUGAUAUGUAGAGGUUCAUCGCCUCAAACAGCUAGAGCCAGAGGCGAUAUGUUUCUAACGAGCCUAGAGGAUUUUUCGUCGUGGAAGGAGGAAGCAAAUCAAAAGGGCUUUGUCCCAGCACUCGUUGAUUACUUUCAAGGACAUCACACUACCAAUCAUUGUAAUCGCCUUAUUCUUCCCGGUAUUAAUGGAGACAUCCCAGAGAUGGUUAUUUGCACCGAGUGUCACCGCCCAAUGGACAAGUACUAUAUGUAUAGCUGCUGCAAUGAAUGA